GAACGGGAUAAAAUUGAUUUCGUUAGAGUUUUCUGCACAGCCACAGCAGCUCCCUGGUACUCCGCAUGGGUAAAGUUAUGAGAGUGAAUUCGUUUCCGCCGCCCGCCCACAACUGCCACAAGAAGGAGCAGCAGAAGCAAUCGAAAUUGAAAAAAACAAAAAUCGAAAUCUAUUUUAUGUUCAACAAUUUGUGCAAGCGAAAAACUUUAACGGAGUACCAUUUAUUGACACUAAAACAAUACAAAGCGGAAAGUGAGUAAAAGCUGCAGAAAAUCACACAAAGCAAACAAGCAAAGCAAACAGUGAUCGGAUCCGAAAAACCAUAUAAAACAAUAACAGUAGAGCGCAUAAAGAAACCCCUAUAAAGAAUAAACACAUAAAUCAAUUUAAUUUGCGGCAGACAGCAGCAGGAUCUUGGAUAAGCGUUAAAAAGAGCAGCUUCUCCUUCAAGAUGGUUGGUGUUGCCGUGGACCCCUCGCAGGCGGAUCAACUGUCCUCGGCGCGGAAUCCCAUGAUCAAGUACAUGCUGAAGACACGGGAGAAUCACGCCAAGGAGCAGGAUGAGGAUUAUUCGCACGUGUUUCGGCGCAAGACGCGCUUUGAGAUGUUCCGCCUGUCGGCCAUUGCCAUGGCCAUUGAGUUUGCCUACGCGGCCGAGACGAGCUUCGUGUCGCCCAUUCUGCUCUCGAUCGGUGUCGAUCACAAGGUCAUGACCAUGGCCUGGGGAUUGUCCCCGCUGAUUGGAUUCUUUGUGUCGCCGCUGCUGGGCAGCAUCAGUGAUCGUUGCAAGCUGCGCUGGGGCCGGCGUCGUCCCAUCAUUUCCAUCCUGUCCUUUGGCAUUUUCUGUGGCCUCAUUCUGGUGCCGUAUGGCAAGGAUCUGGGCGUGCUGCUCGGCGAUGUGGGCUACAACUACACGGACACAGCGGAGACAGUUGUCAGCAACAUUACGAGCUUUGUCAGCGAAGGAUCGGUGGCUGCUUUGGUGGCCGCUGCCGGCUCGGAGGUGGCCACCGGGCCAACGGCCUCCGACUACAAGUACGCCGUAAUUCUCACGAUUCUGGGCAUGGUGAUGCUGGACUUUGAUGCAGACACCUGCCAGACACCGGCACGCACGUAUCUGCUGGACAUGUGUGUGCCGGAGGAGCAGCCCAAGGCCAUGACAAUGUUUGCGCUCUUUGCCGGCUUCGGGGGCACCAUCGGCUAUGCCAUUGGCGGCGUCGACUGGGAGAGCACGCACAUUGGCAGCUUCCUCGGUGGCAAUAUACCCACGGUCUUUGGCCUCGUGACGAUCAUCUUUGUGAUUUGUUACUUCAUCACGGUCACGACGUUCCGGGAGAUUCCCCUCCCGCUCAUGGAGAAGGACGAGCUGCUGCGACCCAUGUCCGAUGCUGCCGUCAAGAAGGAGCUGAAGAAGGACAACAAUGCCAUCUACUACAUACAGGAGACGACGCAGCUGGAGCUGCAAAUGGUCGCGGAUGAUGAGAAGCGGGCGGAGGCAAUGCAGGGCAGCUACCAGAACGGCUACUCCCCGGCCAUGGAGAAGUCCCGCAAAGAUCUCGAGACGCAGUCGGUGGCUGAGCCGCCAGUGUCGCUCAGUGCGUACCUCAAGAGCAUCGUCGUUAUGCCCUACUCCAUGAGGAUGUUGGCUCUAACCAAUCUCCUGUGCUGGAUGGGCCACGUCACGUACUGCCUUUACUUCACGGACUUUGUGGGCGAGGCUGUGUACAACGGAGACCCAACAGCUCCGCCCACUUCCGAGGCAUACCUCCGCUAUGAGGCUGGUGUGCGCUUUGGCUGCUGGGGCAUGUCCAUUUAUGCCUUUUCCUGUUCGAUUUACUCGCUCUCGGUGACGAAGCUAAUGAAGUGGUUUGGCACAAAGGCGGUGUACAUCAGCGGCAUGAUCUACUAUGCCAUUGGCAUGCUCAUCCUGGGUCUCUGGCCCACCAAGUGGGGCGUGCUGGUGUUCAGCACAGCUGCUGGCAUCCUCUAUGGCACCAUCUUCACAGUGCCCUUCAUACUGGUGGCCCGCUAUCAUGCCAAGAACUGCUUCCGCAUGCGUAAUGGCGAGACUUUGCCGCUGAAGCAGGCCCGUGGUCUGGGCACGGAUGUGGCCAUUAUCAGCAGCGUUGUGUUCAUUGCCCAGCUGAUUGUGUCUGUGUCUGUGGGGCCGCUUGUCUCCUGGAUGGGCACCACCUGUGCCGUGCUCUAUGCCUCCACAGUGAUGGCUUUUCUGGCCUCCAUAGCGGCCAUGUUUGUGAUGUAUGUCUAGGCGGGGAGUUUACUCUACAUGUAGUCUACAUGUAUGCUACAUGUGUAAUGUUACAGGUCUACAUUUAGGUCUAUGUCUUGGAUGAUUAUUAUGUUUGUGUCUUUGCCUACCCGCUGGCAGUAUCGGUCGACUGCUCGAUCCUUGUGUUGUGGCAUACUUUUAGGCUGAAGAACUAGAUUU